CCGAUCAAUCUCAAAUCUCUCAGUUUUGCAAAGAUUUCCACAAUUGUGAAAUGCCUGAGGAUGACCCUUUAUUGUAGUUGGCGCAGAGUUGCAUUUUCCUGAGUUUCCUCAUAGGCGGAGUUGGGACCUCUAAAAGGGUGCGGAAGGCGAAACUUAAAGUAGGGUUAGGUUAGGAGGUUCUAAAUGGACGGCUCCGCUCGCCUGUCAUUCCCAGCCUCUUUCAGACAAAACGAAACUUAAAGCAGGCUACCUUAAGGAACUCACUUACUUCCAAGUAAACAACCACUACGUUAGACUUGAGGAGGCUAUUAUCAAGGUUUACGGCAUCAUUACCAUUCUUACAAAAUCCUCGAGGUAAAUCAUCUAGUCAACAUAGGUUUCUGUAUUCUUUAAUAUAAACAACCAAGUUGUUGCUGGACGAAUAUAUCCCUUUAGUCCGAAAUUGUUUGGUAUACACACACAGGCUAGUUGGUGGUUUUUAACGUUUUGCUGAAAGAUUUCUCCCCGAACGUCGUGUGGCCAGGCGUGGACCCCCAUGGAUACACCAGGGAGAAGAAGACAGGUACUGAAAGAAACAUUGGGCCAGUACAUCUCUGAUACCUUAUCCAGUAUUCACACCAUUAAUGACUUCUUUGAGAAGAAAGAGAAAUGGUCUCUUCAGAGAGAGAGAGAGGUGGACAUGAUACGUGACAUCAAGGGCAGGGCAGACAAGAUCAGUCUCACAUUUGACCAUGUCCAGACCUCAGAAGACAAGGCCAAAGCUUUCGGAGAGUUCCUGUGGAGCGGCCUGACUGCAGUGACUGCCGACAGCAGACGGCAGGAGCUGGAGAAGGAGCUGGGGGCUGUUCUGAAGGACACCCUGGAAGGGCUUGAGAAGCUGCAGCGCUUCCUGGAAGCUGUGGAGAAGCUGUCCGUCACGUCGCUCUUUGUGUUCACAAAUGGCCACUACCUGCCUAGAGGGUUAAGCGCUGUGGAUGUCCGUUCGGUCAUCUUUGCUGCAAGGAUGGCUGCCCCUCUCCUUGUCCACUUUAAGAGGGACGACGCUGCUUUCUUCCUGCCCAGCCUGAGUAACGUGGAAGUGCUGGCCUUCUACCUGGAAAAAUACAAAGACAUCUCAGAGCAGCUCUGUGAAAAGCUGGAAAAAAGAGCCAAGAGUAUAUCAACUGUGGGAAGCAGUUACAGAGGACCAAACUGUGGUCAAACUAUCAACUUCAGUGCGGAUACUAAUGAGGAAUCCAUUCAGAAGAUGCUGGACCAUUUGAACCAGUUGAACCUCAUCAGAACGAAUAAGGAUCUGAGGCUGACAUUCCUCUUCCAAGAAGAUGCUCUGCCCUUCAUUGGCCUGUUCAGCCAGCGCAGCACCAGGAUGCUUCAGUUCCUCUCUGAUCUGGAGGAGAGCGCAAGACAGCUGGAUAAUAUGAAAUUUGGCGCUAGUGUCUCCAAUGUAGCUGGCAGCUCAGUGGGGUUGGCAGGGGGGGUCGUGUCCAUCAUUGGCCUGGCCCUGGCUCCUGUGACUGCAGGUGUCUCCUUGAUUCUCACUCUGACAGGGGUUGGUCUAGGGGUGACCAGUGGUGUCAACAGUCUGGUCACAGGCAUCACUGAGAUGGCUGUCAACAAACAUCAUGGGACCAAUGCUAGCAAUAUCUUCCAGAGUUUCAUGGAGGAUGUUAAGCAGUUUGUAGACCAUUUGGAGCUGGUAGCCAGCAAUGAAGGUUCUACUAUUGGGUUCGAUGUGCUGGAUAUAGCAGUAGGGGCAGGGAAGGCACUAGCUAGCACUUGUGGAAUUGCUAAGAGUGUAGAUGCUUUGGUAGAUGCUUCCUCAGCUGUGAAAGUCCUCCAGACUGAGGAGGUGGUUGCAUCUGCUGUGAAGCUGGGGUUUCAAGCGCCAAAGUCAGGAAGAAAUAUCCCCAAACUGGCUUCAGACCUGCCUGACAUUGGGCAGCUGGCCAAAGGAACACCACUGGCCCUCUCCAAGUCGGCACGUUCUGGCUUCAUCGCCCUCAACGCACUUUUCAUUGGUUUAGAUGUCUUCUUCAUCUGCAAAGACAGCGUCAGUCUGGCCAAAGGGAGCAAAAAUGAGGUGGCCCAGCUCAUCCGCUCCAGGGAUGCUCUGUGGCGCACAGAGCUGGACUCCUGGGAGAAGAUCCGCGACUCGCUUUGCAGGGGGAUCUGGAGGUUCAGGAGGAGCCAGAGAAUCCUAGAGCAGCCAUUUUACCCUGAGCAAACCAGUUAAAGCUAGCUGAUCAGUUAGCUUUGAUUGUUUUUCUAGUAUCCCUUUGACCACCUGAAUAUCUGGUGCUGGGGCUCUCUCAAAACAGAACUCUUGUAGCCAUGUACUGUUUGGCCAAAUCAUAUGGAAUCUCAGAAUUCUUCAAGCAGAUAUAUUGUGAUUCGCUAUACUGAUGAAUGAUGUACGUUUAAAAUUGGUGAAAUAAAGUGAUCAAGUGAAACCAUGUUGAAUAUGUCGUGACAAAUUACCGUGUAAAACGGAAGCAUGUUUCAGUUCUCUGAAAUACAGUCAAUGCACUUGCAGGCCUGCAAUGGUCUGAUUAUGUGCAAGAACACAA